AACCUCAUAAGCCACCACAUUUGUCUGACCAACCUCUUCUGGCCAUUUUUUUCAACCUUCACUAUUGAGCUGCAGCCUUUCCACCCGGUCUUUCCCUUUAAAUUAUUGCUUGGAUGACAUCACCUCCAGCAUCAGCUGUUGCGAAAGCACCAUCUCCUGCUCCACCAGCGGACAUUUCUGCAAAUGACCCUGCUCAGAUUUCGCCUCAGUGGGAAUCCAAUGGUGAAAAAGCUAUCGAGGAUGGUCCAUUGUUUCGCGCAACCAUAAGUCAGUUGGAGAGCAAAACGGCAUCCCUCAAAGCUACGGUGAAACGAAUUCUCAAAGCCGCCAUCGCAUCUCUAGAAGCUCAGCGAGCAAGUUUGGAGGCCGACGAAGCUUUAGUCAAGGUGCUUCGAGACACCCCAGCGCUGGAACCUCUUACCACUACCUACUUAAAUCGAGCUUCUCCUUAUAUUCAUUCACAACGUAAUAGCCUUCAUAAUUCCAUGCAAGCGCUCUUGAUAGAUCCGUUAAAGAAGCUUUACGAGUCCGAUGUCAAGGGAGCCGAGGCCAAACGAAGGCAGUUCGAGGAAGAAAGCAAAGAAUACUAUGCACAUCUAUCUAAAUAUCUUAGUCUCAAGUCAGAGAAACAGAAAGCUCGCCGGCAGACUGAAUACGAAAGUAGACAUCUCUCUAAGCGUAAGCAAUUCGGGCUGACAAGAUUCGAUUACCAUGCGUUUAUGCAAGAUUUACACGGCGGACGGAAAGAAAACGAAGUUCUACGCUAUCUUACUAAUUAUUAUGAAAAGCAAUACAGCUUUUAUCAAACGGUGGCAUCGGAAUUGGGACUUAAUCGAAAUGAGCUGAUCGAGCUACACGCAGCCAUUGACGCAUCUUCCAAGGAGGACAAUCAAUUAAUUAAGGAGCGAAAAGAAAGAAGGAGUCUCCUUGAACAUAAAUUAAGUACUACCGACCAACCCUCACUGGAACGAGUCCCCUCCGAGCCAAUGUUAUCUAUUGGUGUGCGAAGAUCAAUGGACGACAGUGAUGAAUCCUCACGACCCUCCGAGAAUUUUUCUAUAAGCGCUGGCCUGGCUGACGCAGACAAGUUUAAAGGCAUAAGAGAUCUAGAGCAGCAUGAUCGGUCUGUUCCUACAGAGACCGGCCGACGAAAGGAAGGAUUUCUAUUCUCCACGUCUCGACCAUCGAAAAGCAACACAUUUGAUGUGGCAUCGGUGAAUUGGCACAAAUAUUGGUGUGUAUUAAGUAGCGGACAAUUACAUGAGUACAGUAACUGGAAAAGACAGCUUGAGGCGCACAAUGAACCAAUCAAUCUACGAUUUGCUACUGUUCGAGAGGCUCGCAAUGUUGAUCGGAGAUUCUGCUUUGAAAUUAUUACUCCUCAGUCUCGUAGAACCUACCAAGCAACAUCUCAAGAAGACAUGAACAGCUGGAUAGCAUGUAUAAGUAAUGCCAUAGAAAGCCUGCUGAAUGGAAUGAACAGUACACUUCAUUUGCAAGACCCUUCCAACGAUCCUACCCAAUUUGAUUCGAACUCUCCAUCAGCAAAGCAAAAACCGUUGGGUCGUUCUUUAAGCGGAGCUAUUAAGAACGGGUUUGCCACCAAUACCCGAGAAAAAUACAUGCGACGAAUUAAUGCUGCAUCCCAGUCUACGGCUGAAGUCUUUGAUGCCAUAGGUGGUAUACUGAGUCCAACAGAACGUAACCGACGAUCAUUUCACACCGCUUUUGGAUUUAGCAAUCUUGGCAGUGGUGGUAGCCAUACAGCAUCAGGCCCUUCCGCUGUCUUCGGCACUGGGACUUCCCUUGUGGACCAAACAGAGAAUCAUGAUAGCUCAAGGUUAUUGGCUUACCUCCGGGAAAAUUCGUCUAAUCUCAACUGCGCAGACUGCGGAACAAAGAAUCCGGAAUGGUGCUCUAUCAAUUUGGGAAUUCUGCUAUGCAUUGAAUGUUCCGGCAUUCAUCGAAGUCUUGGCACACAUGUGUCCAAAGUUCGCUCACUCACACUUGACCGAACCUCCUAUACACCUGAUAUCGUGGAGUUGCUACAGGCCAUUGGAAACGACAGAUCCAAUCGGAUCUGGGAAGCCCUCCUAUCGGACGACGCCACUGAUAAACCUCGUAAACCAUCUAGCAACGAUUCAAGAGAAGUGAAGCAAAAGUUUAUCACAGCAAAAUAUAUGGAUAAAGCGUUUGUCAAUAAGACCAUCCUCAACGCAAACGAUGCUACGGAACUCCUUUUCUCCGGCGUAGACGAAGAUAAUACAAUGGCUGUUGUUCAAGCUAUUUCACUUGGAGCGAACAUCAAUGCUAAACGAACUGGUGGAUCUCGGGCAUGGUCACAAAGAACUUCCAUUUCAUCGUUUGGCUCGGAUAGUCAUGACGGAAAGAGUGACGCCGGUAGGCAGCAUCCUGUCUCAUUGGAGCAGAGCUUAAUGUCUGUCAAACUUGGACCAGACGAUCGAAGCCUUCCUGUGACCAUACCGAUAGCCAACACCAGCACUACACUUAAUAUGGCCUUCUCGGCAAGUGAUAAUGAUCCAUAUGAAAAUAUGAACCCCAGUAUCCCACACUACGCUCUGCACUUGGCCCUUCAACACCCUCAUUCCAUUAAAGAAAGCUUUGAUGCAGGAAUCGCUCAACCUACGCCACGAGAAUUUUCUUUCCCUAUUGCCGAGUUGUUACUACAGAACGGUGCUGACCCUGCCCUCCUCGACACCGAGACUGGCCAUACUCUAGCAGAGCUGAUUUCAUAUGGUGAAUCUGUAUCAGAUGAUGCCAUAUUGUACAUCAGCGGCAAGAGCCAAGCAAGAGGACAAUCUUCCAUUCUACGCACCACCACACCGGCGUCAUUAUCUGGUCCAGGCAACAGCUUAACCAGUGCCCCAGCAAGUUCAUCCAACCUCAGAUUAAAUAUUCAGAUACCAUCCGUUUCCAUCACACCUGAUAGCCAGUCGUCUUUCGGUGCGAUCUCACCACCUAGGUCACCUGCAUCUUCCACAUGAAAAAGAAAGUUGCUCUAGCCAAAUAGUUAUACCACCCCAUGUCUUAAUUUGCCCUCCUUCAAUAGCUAAUUUUCAUUAUGUUUUGUCGCUUAUUUAACCUAUCUAACCAUGUUCUUGUGUACACUGCAUUGUGUCUCUGGUCCGAGACAUUUUUUAUUUACUGUAUGAAGACAAAUUAUUUUUCUCUUUUCUAAUUCUACCCCCACGAGUACUUAUUUUACCCCGAAUUGAAUAAUGUUUAAACAAACGUAAGGCAAC